ACCUUUAAGCUUAAUUAGAUAUAGUGAGUAUAUUUUAUCUAAGAAAUGUCAAAGAUACAUAUAAGACAUUAUAGACCUAAUUAUAUUUCUUGGCUGAAUUCCCUGAGUUAUAUCCAUAUAACUUACAGUAGUAUCUCGUGUGAGCUUCCGAGAUCGUUGACUGACAAAUGGGUUUGGAGUCCUUCGGGAAGCGUCUUUGAUGACGUUUGUCUUCGGAGUUUAUCUUUUGAGGUGAAUUUUUUGUCACUGCAUUAAUGACAUCCUGUUCUGAACUCAAAUUUAAUUAAUUGGUAAUAAAGACAUACAAAUUUAUGUGCGGACUCGUAGAGAUUGAGUUAAGUUUUUUGGUGGACUGGACUCUUCAUGGUUGUCAAGGAAUCGCCAACUCUCCAUCGUCAAAAGCCACAAUAUUCUGAUAAACUCCGUACAGAGACCUUGUUCCGUUUAAUGAGAAUGGUGGGUAAAUUUGAAAAAGGAUAUAUUUAUGACAAUUUGAUAUUGGAAAAGGUUUAGUUUGUCGUGCAAAACCGUUAUUAGUAUUCAACAGAUCAAUGUGUAUCCACUGACAAAAAGAAUGCAAACUGUUGGUGUAGAGUCGUGUCUUAUUAAGGAAGGUAGACAUUUUAGUGUGUACACUCUGGAUGCUGAGAGAUAAGUGUUGAUAUACCUGAGGAUACCUAGACUCUCGGAUCCUGAUCUCUACCUAUGUUGUCAGAUGUAAUAAUCUGUUGAGCCAUUAAUGACAUAAGACCUCUGGUCGACAGACAGAGUUUACAAUCAUCAAUAUUUAAUGGGAUCAUACCUACAAAAUGGUCUCACUUCCUGACUAUAACAAAUGGAAAAAUAUUCCAUUUUGCUGCACUUGUAUUAAUUGAAUACGUAAGGGACCUAUAUGUGAUAGAGUGAACAAACAAAGCUCGGCUGUGUUAUUUACUAUUGUGGAUUAAUGAGAAUUCAGUGCCAGUACAACCUGCAGGAGAAGACACAGUCGAGUGACUGCACCUGAGCCGUUGUUACCUGUUAUACACUAACGGCUGUAGACAGUGGGGGUUGUCUGGUGGUGCCUAGUGUAUCCCCCCUGUCAUGUUCUCUCACGUCUCCGGUGGCUGCUAAAGCCUUCCCUCUGAUUCUGAUCUGCCCCCUCUACCAGAGACAAGACGCAGCCUGAUGGAACUUUAAACACUUGGUGCCAAUCAGAAUUUAUGAUCUGGUAGCUGGCAGUGCUCAGAAUUAUCAACCGUCAAAGCUUUUACAAAAAUAAUAGGAUAACAGGGUCUCUUUCUGAAUCUUGUGUGGGAGAUCUUUGGUGAACCGUAUCGACCCUAGCACUUUCAUCAAAAACCAGUGAUGAUGGCAAAGGUAUUUUUGUUAAAUGGAAUAUACCUAUAAAAUAUGCAAAACAAAGAAAACCGAAACUUAAAAACAGGAAUGAGUGUGUCACUGAACAGUAUCCCUGUUGUCACGGUAACGGAGUCAGAGACGUUGAAGGCGGGGGAUGAGGUACCUGAUCUCCGGGGGUCCCAGUCCCACCCCUGCUCCCCGCGAUACAAGAGGCGGGCCUUCACCACCACCAUCGCCGGCACCCAGUACAUCAUAGUGGCUAACCCCCCAGACAGAGCGAAAGAUGACUCGAGUGUGGGAGCUAAGAAUGGGCAACUGUCAAGGGCUGGUUCUUUGACAGUGCUAAAGAGAACAAACUCCAAAUCAAAAUUACCUUCCAGUAGCAGUAGUCGGACGUCAAGUAUCGCAGAAAGUGAUUCCUACGCAAGUGUUGAUCUUGGUACAGAUAAACUUCCUCCAAUAGAUACCCCUGAAGCCUCUCAUGUCUGCUCAAUACGCUUACGAAAUAUUUUGAGAAGAGUACAGAAUGGAGAAGUGUCUAAGGAAGACUUGUACAAGAAUCUGGAAUACGCUGCCUCAGUACUGGAGUCUGUCUACAUCGACGAAACCAGUACGAAUAAGGACACCCUCAAAAAUUCCAAUGAAACACCACCACUUCUCCCUAAGUCUGCCCAGGAACGACUUACAGAUGAGGAUGAUGAACUCAGUGAGGUGGAACCUGACGCAGUCCCUACAGAGGUCAGAGAUUGGCUGGCCUUGACCUUCACAAGGUCAAUGAACAAUGUCCGACGAAGAGGACAAGAGAAGCCCAAAUUCCGAAGUGUGGCUCACGCCAUCCGGGCAGGUAUUAUGGUGGACAGAAUUUACAGACGACUCUCCAGUUCAGGCACAUUACAUAUUCCCCCAGCAAUUCUAUCACUUUUAAAGGGCAUGGAUGAUUGGUCCUUUGAUGUAUUUGCAUUGAACACAGCAGCAGAAGGGCAUUCUUUGAAAUAUGUGGGUUAUGAACUAUUACAAAAAUAUGACUUGGUUACCAAAUAUAAGAUAAAUAAUUCAAUGUUGGACUCUUUCCUCCUGCAAUUAGAAGCUGGAUAUAGCAAAUAUAAGAAUCCGUAUCAUAACCUGAUCCACGGAGCGGAUGUGACCCAGACAGUACACUUCAUCCUGUCACAGAGCAAGCUGGCACAUUGGUUAACAGACCUGGAAGUGUUUGCUACAAUUAUUGCUGCUCUGAUCCACGACUAUGAACACACGGGAACCACAAAUAAUUUCCACAUUCAGACGGGGUCCGAAUUUGCUAUUCUAUAUAAUGAUAAAGCAGUUCUGGAGAAUCACCAUAUAUGUGCCUCAUUCCGAAUCAUGAGAUCCGAGGAAGCCAAUAUACUGAACCACCUCAGCAGAGAGGAGUAUAGAGAAUUCCGAUCUUUAGUGAUAGAGAUGGUGAUGGCCACAGAUAUGUCUUUCCACUUCCAACAGUUAAAGAACAUGAAGAAUUUACUGGGCAUGCCAGAGAACAUAGACAAACAGAAGGCCUUAUCCUUGGUCCUACACUGUGCUGACAUCAGUCACCCCGCCAAAGACUGGAAUCUUCACCGACGAUGGACUGGUCAGCUUCUGGAGGAAUUCUUCAAACAGGGGGACAGAGAACAAGAGCUGGGACUGCCCAUCUCCCCCCUGUGUGACCGGGAAAAAACCCUAGUGGCUGAGUCACAGAUAGGUUUUAUCGACUUUAUCGUGGAUCCCAGCUUCACUGUGAUGACGGAGAUGUUGGAGAAGAUUCUGACUCCGCUACAGAAGGCGGCCCGCUCAGAAGACGCCAUCACAGAGGAAGUGUUCGACACGGCUGACAAAAGUACGAGUACAAAUUCAUUACAUCGAGUGUCUAGUAGGGAGAAAUCCAGAAGGACAGGUAAAUAUGCACUGAACACUCCAUGGGCCAAUUGUUUGGCAGACAAUAAAAUCCGAUGGAAAGAGCAGGCUGCCAAAGAUGCUGAGGAAAGGAAACGAAAAGAAGCAUUAGAGAAAUCAAAGGAAGCCAGUAAUACAAACAACAACACAACAAAAUCCCCCACCCCCCUAAAUCAGACCACACCGACCGUCAACUGUAGCGCAGGUAAGGGUGGAAACUAAGGCUCUGACCAAUCACUGGACAGCACUCUCCUCCAAUGGCAUUCACUCUCAGUAUUGUGUGCAAAUCAUGCAACCAACCAGAAAUUUGUUGUUGUACAGCCUCUUAUCUGAUUGGAUCUUUCAACCUUUUGGGCAGCCUACAAUCUUCCAUCUGACCUUUGAACUCUGGUGAUUUUUUUUUAUUGGUUAACUUAUUUGUAUAUACUGUUAAAUGUGUAUAAAUAAAUAAAGACGUUAUGUGAUAUAAUUAAUAUUCUAUGUAUAUGUAAAGAUGUUUUUAAUUCAGAAGACUAUAUAUAAGUGAUAAAAUGCUAUGAAGGCAUUAUUGAAGUAGUUGCAUUUUUCAUCACCUCAUUUUGUUUAUAAAAUAAAAUUGUUUGACUCUCUUGU